CUCCCCUCCGUCUGCCUCUCCGUCUUCCUGGUCGGAUGCGGGAGAAGCAUCUCUGUAUCCGUGGUGCUCACAGAGGGAUGGACGCAGACAUCAGCUCCUCUUAACCCGCUCGUGGAGAGGUGUGCGUAAAAAGUGCGUCCGAGGCGCAGCGCGGCGCCCUUGAGGACAUUCAGGACAUCCGCAGGAGGAGAAAGAGGAGGAGGCGAGAAGAGGGAGAAGCAAAUGGCCAAGGAGAGGUGACGGGGCGUGGGGCAUGUGAAUAACGGAGGCAGAGAGCGAAGUUCCGUCCGGUGUUCCGCGGAUCAAAGCAGGUCUCGUUCAAAAAUGGAGUCCACACAUCUCCUAACUGGCUCCAAGAAGCGGGUGAAGAUCCACCCUCACACCGUCACCGCCAAAUACGCCACUCAAGCCCCCUACACUCCCCAAGCUGGAGUCCACACCCACUUCCCUCAGCCUGGGGACGAUGGCUACGACGACGCCCCCUCCUUUGAGGACUUUGGUUCGUUCCUGGAGGAGACGUCGGACAAGAAGAAGCUGAUGGAGAGCCGGCGGUGGCCCCUGACGCUGUUUGGCUCCAAAGAGAAAGACAAAGAGAUGCCCCAUAAACUUCAGCCCACAGGAGGGGCAGAGAGUGACGGGGGUGGGAAAGCUGCAAAGGGUCCUGGGAAAGGGGUCGGGGAGCAGCUGGCCAGUUUUGGGGAGGCGUCUGUGUCUGCGUCCCGGCUCACCUGGGUGCUGCUGCUCUGCGCGGCACUGGCACACGGCUGUUUGAUCGUCCUGACCCGCCUCGCCUCCGAACAGUUCCACUUUGCCCCCCUGUUUCUGCUCACAGUGCGGUCGGUGGUGCAACUCCUCUCCGUGGCCGUCCCCCUUCUGAGGGGGGAGAACCCCUUCGGACCAGAGGGGUACCGGCUCCGUCUGUUCUGCUAUGGCGUCGCCUACUCCCUCUCCCUGUGUUGCGCCUACUCAUCCUUGACCUUCGUCUCUGCCGGAAACGCAACGACAACCUGGCGCCUGGCGACCACAGCUUUAUCUGCGGUUCUUGCCUUCUUGCUCCUGGAGGAACGGCUGGGGUUGUCCGAUGUCAUCACCAUUGCGGCGGGGCUUUGUGGUUUGGGACUUCUGCUGCUUCCCACCACGGAUGAGGGCAAUUCUGACGCCCCGACUAACCCGGUGACUUUCUGGAAGGGGGCGUUUGGAUGGUCUCUCUCAGCGCUGGCGGGUCUGUGGAUGGCCCUGGCGCUGGUUGGCUACCGCUCUCUGAAGGACAGGGUGGGGAUUGGUACUGCUUUAUUCACAGUGAGUUGGACCAGCUGCCUGCUAGCGCCGUCCACCUUGGCCUUUCUACAGGACGGAUGGGCGUGGCCUGUGAGCGUCCCAGCAUGGGCCAUCAUGGCAGGCCUGGUGUCCUGCUCUGCAGCGGCCUUUCUGGGAAUGACCCACGCCCUCACCCGGCUCCACCCGGCCCUGGUCUCCGCCUCUCAGAGCGUGGAGGUGCCUGUCGCCAUGCUUCUGCACCUGGCGGUGCUGCCUGUGGCCCCCACCGCACCCGAGGUUGUGGGGAACGCCAUGGUCGUCCUGAGCGUGGGAUGGCUCGUGGCCACGAAGCUGCUUCUGUCUCGAGGUGGUGGCUUGCGCCAGAGAGAGGAAUAUGAGGAAAUUUUGGACUCGCCCAUCAAAUAGACUCCUCCCCUCUUCUUGAAAAACAAACUUUCUCCUCGGUGAGGCUAUUUCUGUACAUGAGAGACUUCUAAAUGUUUAUCGGAGUUUUAGCUGUUUUGUAUUGUCGUUUUUGUUUUGGGAAAGUGCCAAUAUUGUGUCUGUUACAAGUGCAGUGACAUUAAAACCUCUGUGAUGAACACAGCCUGCUGUUGUGGCCAGUUUUAAUCAGCUCUCCUCAUCUGCGAUGGCCUUUUAGGACCCUGAUG